AGGCUAGAGAGAGAAAGAGGGAGAGAGAGAGAGACUUUAGGGCGGGUGUCGCUUGCUCCCACCGGACCAGAGAGCUGCAGCAGGCGACGCGUGGACGCAGGAGAAAGAGGACAGAAAGAGGACAGGAAGAGACUGAGGAGAGGGCGAUGGGACGUUUCACUGAAGGGGUUUUCGCAGAUAACUUUCUCACGAUGUGGGGAACAGCUACGAUGACAUUCCUCUAAACCGGGACAUCCAGGAGAUAUCGCAGCACAGCCAGCAAGACGACACCAGAUCUUCUCCUGAAUCUAUACUGGGAUUGAGAUAUUAUCUUCUUCCACAGUCCUCAUUGUUUUGACAAGAAAACAAAAGGAAUCCUCGUGUCAAUCUUCCCUUCGAUUCUGGCCCUUGACCUUUAGCUCUCACUAUGACCAGUCUGGUGGGGAAGCUAGACCCUCGAAGGGUACAAUGGCGCUCGACAUGGAACACCUUUACGUCCCGCGUCCUGAGGACCAAACCCGUGGAGUCCAUGUUGGACUCGGCCGUGUCGGGGACCAGCGCACACGGGACCAGACUGGCGCGGGUCUUGUCCACGGUGGACCUGGUGUCACUGGGCGUGGGCAGCUGCGUCGGGACAGGGAUGUACGUGGUUUCGGGGCUGGUCGCCAAGGAGAUGGCCGGCCCGGGGGUCAUUGUGUCCUUCAUUAUCGCCGCUGUGGCCUCCAUACUGUCAGGGGUGUGUUAUGCAGAGUUUGGCGUGCGGGUGCCUAAGACCACAGGUUCAGCCUACACUUACAGCUAUGUGACCGUGGGGGAGUGCGUGGCGUUUUUCAUCGGCUGGAACUUGAUUCUGGAGUAUCUGAUCGGAACCGCGGCGGGGGCGUCGGCUCUCAGCAGCAUGGCUGACUCACUUGCCAAUCACAGCAUCAGCAACUUUAUGAUCUCACACAUUGGAACGCUGAGGGGCCUGGGUAAAGGGGAGCAGUCGUACCCGGACCUGCUGGCGCUGCUGAUAGCGCUGCUGGUGACCGUCAUCGUUGCUUUGGGAGUGAAGAACUCUGUGGGCUUCAACAACGUGCUGAACGUCAUCAACCUCAUGGUGUGGGUCUUCAUGAUGAUCGCUGGGCUGUUCUUCGUUAACGGGGAGAACUGGGACGAUGGCAGAUUCCUGCCUUUCGGCUGGUCGGGGGUGAUGCAGGGCGCAGCCACCUGCUUCUAUGCCUUCAUUGGAUUUGACAUAAUUGCUACAACAGGAGAGGAGGCCAAGAGUCCCAACACCUCCAUCCCCUAUGCUAUCACUGCCUCGCUCAUCACCUGCCUCACUGCCUACGUCUCUGUGUCUGUGAUCUUGACUCUAAUGGUGCCGUACAACGAGAUCGACGCAGACGCCCCGCUCAUGGAGAUGUUUGCCGUGCAUGGCUGUAUGUUUGCCAAGUAUAUUGUGGCGGUUGGCUCCAUAGCUGGACUCACUGUGUCCCUUCUGGGGUCCCUGUUCCCCUUGCCCAGGGUCAUCUAUGCCAUGGCGGGGGACGGCCUGCUGUUUAAGUUCCUGGCCAAUGUGUCUUCAUACACAGAGACCCCGGCGGUUGCCUGUGUGGUGUCGGGGCUUCUGGCUGCCCUGCUCUCCCUCCUCGUCAGUCUCAGAGACCUCAUAGAGAUGAUGUCCAUAGGAACCCUGCUGGCCUACACCCUGGUCAGCUUGUGUGUACUCCUCCUGCGUUACCAACCCGAGGGCGACAUCCACGGCUUCGUGAACUUCCUGUCCGAGGAGCAGAACAACAAAAGAAAGGAGGGCGUCCUGGCCGAGUGCGAGAAGGACGCCUGUUCACCGACCAGCGAGGCCGAUGAGUACGGAGGUCCGGCCACCAACACCUGCGGAGCCAAGAACCUGCCGUCGCUGGGCGACAACGAGAUGCUGAUAGGCAAACCCGAUAAAAACACCUACACUGCCGGCCACCCGAACUACGGCACGGUGGACAUGACCACCGGCAUUGAAGCGGAGGAGUCAGAGGGCGGGGUGUCCCGCCGGUUGAAGAAGCUCAUUGGACCGCGCUACUACACCUUGAGGAUCCGCUUGGGCCUCCCGGGAAAGAUGGACCGGCCAACCCCAGCCACGGGGAAAACCGUCACCGUGUGUGUGCUGCUCCUCUUCAUUUCCAUCUUUGCGUUCUGCUCCUUCAUCAUUUUUGGCGCGAGCAGUAUUGCGGAGGGUCGCUGGUGGGCUUUGCUGCUCUUAAUCUUCUUCAUCAUCUUCCUUUCCUUGCUCGUCAUCAUCAUCCUCCAGCAGCCAGAGAACCCCAAGCGGCUGCCCUACAUGGCGCCCUGUGUGCCCUUCGUACCUGCUUCAGCCAUGCUGGUCAACAUCUACCUCAUGCUUAAACUGUCAGCCAUCACAUGGAUACGAUUCUCAAUCUGGUGCAUCGUGGGUGUCCUCAUCUAUUUUGGCUACGGCAUGUGGCACAGCACGCUGGAGAUCACGGCCAGAGAGAACGAGGUGCACGCCUCCACCUACCAGCGCUAUGACCAAGGCGUGGACGAAGGAUUUUGCGGCUUCGACAACGACUUCGACCCACCUGCCGCCGACCCCUGGGGCGCGCCGGCUGGAGGAUCGGGGCCCACCAAGCCCCCCGCGGUGAAGCCCGAAAGUGACGGGGCGCCAGCAAAAGGUGCAGGCAGGACCAUUGCCAAUCACGGGCUCGCGGAGGAGGAUCCGAUGGAUCUCUGAAGGGACUGACUCUGUGUUAUCCUGAAUGUACUGCCUUGUCUGCUGCCUGGGGAACGGGAGGGGAACAAUAGUGUGAGUGCACGAGUGAUUGUGUGUGAGCGUGCGUGCGUGUGUGUGUGCAUGCUUGCAUGUAUGUUUGUGUGUGUGUGUGUGUACUUGUCUGUUCGUUUAACCCUUGGGCUAGAUAGUUUCUUGGCAGUGGAACGGCUUUUGAUCCACUUAACUCCACCGAGCUCGGCCCCCGCAGCUCACACGGGUGAAACGAGGACGUCAAGGUCUAGUGUCUAGUCACCGUCAAUUGUUAUUCACUCACUGGAGGCCACAUCUCCCCCAAAUAAAGACCAGAUAGAAAAGUGCGGACAUUGCACAGGGUGAAAUUGGCUUGCAUGCCCUGUAAACCAUGAGACCUUGUUUCUUGAGCAAUCCAUGAACUGUUUAUCUAAAAAUGUACGGGAUAUAGGAGGGGAGGAGGUGAUGAGCAAAAUAGAGACGAAUCAGCACCUCUCAUCCUGUUUCACCGCGAGCAGACGGGAUGCAAGAUGACAGCAUGCCAAACCCGGGCUGUUUCCUAUGAACACUUCGCUGCUCAUUUUCUUUUCAGCAGACAGGAAAUAUGCAACUUGUGCUCUCAAAAAGACAACGUAUUUAUAUUUAAAACAUUGCUUUGUCUUUAAAACCCUCGCUCCUAACAUCUAGCCCAAGGGAUCCGGGACUGCAUUGGGAAAGGAUUGUUGAUGUUUUAUGUCACAAAUAGUACUUGGACUUUGCUUGCAAUAGUGCCUUCAUCUACUAUGUGUAUGUGUAUGUGAGUUAUUGAUUAUGUCUAUUUUCUACUUUAAUUUGGCUUGUGUGUGUGUGUUUAAGGAUGUAUAUGCAAUCAAACACCCCCUUUUAAACGGAUACAUAUGUCCAUAUGUGUGUGUGUGUGUGUGUGUGUGUGUGUGUGUGUGUGUGUGUAGAUAUAAAGUGUGUUCUUCAGGUUGUUUUAACGUGUAUUUGUAUAUAGAUUUUUUUUGUUUUUACCCCAGCAUGAAGCUGAAAAACAAUCCGCUCGCAACAAAGCCGCUCACGGUUCAGUGUGACACCACAGAGGAGGUAGAGGUUGAAUCUUAAUGACAACCCACCUGGUUUAUUGUGAUGAAAGACUUCUGUAUCUUUCUGUAUGCUUGUGUCUACGUUGAUGCAGUCCUUGCAUGUUUUUUUCUGAUUUGAAUAGUUGUUGGGAUUUAAUAUUUUGAUUUUUCUUAGCAAACCAACUAUUUAGUUACUGACAUUGUUUUUAAGAUAUCGGAGGAGCUUAUUUCAGUUUUUGUGGAAGGACAGUCCAAAUGAAGCAUUAAUUACACUGCGGAUGGGUGUGGCUUUCAACCUCCCUCUUCACGCCAAUAACUCCCUAACUAAAAACAACUGCGUUGUUAAUAAGUUAUGGUUUAACUCCUACAUUGUGUGAACUGAAGUACAAUCCCUUCUCUUCCAUGUAUCCCCUUUUCUCCCCUUUUUGCUUUCAACUCCUACAUCUUUCUUUCUUCUCUUCAUUUUUUUCGACCCUCUACUUUGCUCCUCCAGCCCCACAAGUCCUUCAUCUGCUUCCUACCUCACCACUCUCUUGAUAUUCAUCAGUCACUGUCAGCAUGGAGUUGCCACUCUUGACUUGCGAGUGAUAGAGCUUAGACUGGUUGGCCUGACAAUACAUUAGCUCCUUUAUCACUUCAGGGUGACAGCGAUCUCCCUUCUGAUUCGUCAUUCAAGAAUUUAGUCGUCUCACAGGGGUUCGGCUCAUACCAGAUCCCGAUCUAAUCUAGUCCAGCCACCCUCCCUGUUGCUCAUAUACCUCUUCUUGCAGCUAGUGUUGAAGCCCCGCUCUUUACAUGUUAUCUACAGCGUUGCUGCAACCCUAAGAACAUUUUGUGAAAAUCUAUCAAAUCAAUCAAUCCUCAGAGCUCGGCGUGUCUGUACACUAAUGCUGCCAGGGUUUGAGGUUUGAUUUUGUACUAAGAAUGUAUGCACUCGUGUCCCUUUAAGGGAUUUCGGCACACACCAAAUAAACACUGUUGUGUUAUGAUGUUUAGGGUGGGGGCACUUCUACAAUAGCUGCUGCUGUAUGCCCUGAUGGUCCUUACCUGUACCCUUCCCUCUUGCCCCCCUGUUGCUGCAUCUGUCCCUUCCAGGGAAGCCUUAUUUGUCUAAUGCACUAAAUCUAAGGACGCCACGCUAAACCCCAACCCGACCUCCCCUCCUCCCGCAUAAUUCCAAACUCCUUCAUGUAGUGAUGACCCUUUGGUGUCGAUUAGUUAAAUGAUUUUGAUACCGUCCCAAAACACAGCCCAAUAUUCUGAGAAAUUGUGCUCAUAUCGGACAAUUCUGCAUCUCGCUGAUGCAGCAAGUCGGGCGAUUCCUUUCUGUGAUGCAGUGGAACUUAAAGGUUUUGAGGUUUUGAAGACAACUUCUCAUCAGAGACCUGAUUGGCUGAAGCUAACUUUGUCUUUUCUGGAAAGCUGGGUGGUGCAGUAAGAAAUAGUGUAUAUCCUACAAGCUGACUCCAGUAUUUGUAAACUUAAUAUAUUUCAAUUUAAAUUAAACGUUUACGGAAAAUAUCACAAGGAUAAAGUACGGAUUUUGGUGUUAAGCUUUCCUUUAGGUUUUUUAUUAUACAUGUGAGUUGCCUAACCGUAACCAUAGUUUAGUAAUCCAUCAAACAUGCAGGAAGGGAUUCCAAUGUGGAUGUAGAAUAUGUUUAGCAGAAAGAAACACAAAGCUCAGUGUUGGAAGAAGUGAUUAUAGCCAAUAACUUAAGGACAGUACAGUUACAGUUGCCCUGUAAGCCAUAGCAGCCUUUGCAGAAUUGUCCAAUUUCAGUGUUCUUUCUAAUGAAAGGAUUCUGGAGAAAAAAACCAGCACACCCUUAACACAUCCUUAACAUUUGCACUUUAAAUCUCCCAGACAUCCACACAUCCACUAUAUUUCCAUUGUGUUACCACACAGCCAAAAUCCACCAAAACUACUCAGCCGUUUUGCAUUCAAAGCUCAAUAACAAUGUUGCAGAUUCAGACGUUGCCACUCUGACACUGGACUGUACAGUCAACGUACUAUAUUAUAUGCUCUAAGUGUGUAUGCAUACAAGUGUGUGUGCGUGUGUGUGUCCAUGCCUGCGCCUCAACGUGACCGUCUGGUGAGUGUGUCGCAUGCCCUCAUGCACGAGGCCCGGACUGUAAAUGUUGUACUUGCAUGUGGUGAUUGAGCGCUACAACACACAACAGGACACAAAUCCACAAGGGAUGCAGGCUUAGUUCUUGUACCCGUGAACGUAGGCCUUCACCUUUCCGGUGAAGUGAUCCCAACGCUGUUGUAUUCACCGCAGACUCCUUCCGUUUGUAUCCAGAUUACUUCUCCAACGGUCUAUGAGCUAAAAGAGGAGCAUUCUCCAAAAACUCUCCUGUAUCUAGAAGCAUGCAGUUAUCUCCCCAUGCAGGUGUGAGCCGGGCUCUAUUUGAGAAAGGAGCGGAACAUGUAGCAAAACCCUCUCUUGUCUUGCCUGAGCCACUUACAGUAUGCCUACUGCCUGUACCUCCCUACUCUCAGCCACCACCUCUGCAAGCCAAAGUCCACCACGUUUGUUUACUUUUCACACACGGGAGACGGUAGUUUCUACACCGUGAGCACUUAACAACAGAGCUAUAACCAUUUUUCUUGGCAUUCUUCUAAUGUCGGUUCACCCCAACGAGACGCUUUCCUUUUCUUACAGUGGCUUUAGUCCACCGGGCAAUGAUCCUCUCUGAAAAACCCAAGUAUUUCAUAGAAAUGAUUCGUGUAGGAGUCAUUGAUUGCAGCAGAUCCAGUUUGUCCAGCAGUGAAAAAGUGCAACGCGGCAAAACAAAAUUAUUUUUCUAUAGCCGUCUCCCAACUACAGGUCCUCAAUGGGUAGGUGUGCGCAACAAAGCUGGGUGGUUAUCAAUUUUCACUUCCUGUGUUAUUGUUUAAUCACGAGGAGGCCUGGGAGAAACUGCUAAAAUAUAUUUUUAACAACCGUAGCCUUUAGAAUGAAAACGCUCAUUUAUAAAACUUAAUCCUUUCCUUUGAAGGAUUUCAAAAUGGUUGCUGUAGACGUCAAAAGGACCGCAGAAGGUUUAGGAGUAGCCGUACUACAGAAAACACGCAGAAGCUAUUUUAAUACGAUUCUAUGAAGGCUGAGCUACAAGCGUAAUGAAAUAUUGCCACGGCUGCUUUUACUGUUUGUUUUUUUCGGGGCGUGUUGUUCCUGUGCUCUGUGUCCAGUCAGUGUGUGUCUGACUUGUUGAAAUUGGCUGCUCUCGCAAACAAAUAGAUAUUCCUUUUACUCUUCUGUAUAUUUUGGCACAAAGCUGUAUAUCGUAGUUGGUUUUUUUAUGUUGAUUUUGUAAUGGUUUCUUCCAUGUGUGUGGUUAUUUUGCGCCUGUGCACUGUUUCUUGCUGAGUUUGUUGGUAUUGCUUCAAUGCAACAAUGAAAGCUAUUUAUUGGAAAUACAA